GCCAGUACAGUGGCAGUUCCAGGCGGCCCCAGAACCGACCUGUGGGGUGGGUGGUGAGGUGGCCUGGGCACUCGCAGGGAGCCUUGUGUGAGCCUUAGCCCCAGAACGCACCUCCAGCAGCCCUCGUGAGGCUGCCCACCCUCCUCCCCGUGCCCUUGCUCUUCCGGGAGCCCCCAGGAUGGUGAGGUGGUUCCACCGUGAUCUUAGUGGACUGGACGCUGAGACCCUGCUCAAGGGCCGAGGCGUCCAUGGGAGUUUCCUGGCACGGCCCAGUCGCAAGAACCAGGGCGACUUCUCCCUGUCCGUCAGGGUGGGGGACCAGGUGACCCACAUUCGAAUUCAGAACUCAGGGGAUUUCUACGAUCUGUAUGGAGGGGAGAAGUUUGCCACGCUAACGGAGCUGGUGGAGUACUACACACAGCAGCAGGGAGUCCUGCAAGACCGAGAUGGCACCAUCAUCCACCUCAAGUACCCGCUCAACUGCUCCGACCCCACGAGUGAGAGGUGGUACCAUGGCCACAUGUCUGGAGCACAGGCGGAGACCCUGCUGCAGGCCAAGGGCGAACCCUGGACGUUUCUCGUGCGUGAAAGCCUCAGCCAGCCUGGAGAUUUUGUGCUGUCGGUGCUCAGCGACCAGCCCAAGGCUGGCCCGGGCUCACCGCUCAGGGUCACGCACAUCAAGGUCAUGUGUGAGAGUGGACGCUACACGGUAGGCGGGGCUGAGACCUUCGACAGUCUUACGGACCUGGUGGAGCACUUUAAGAAAACGGGCAUCGAGGAGGCCUCCGGGGCAUUUGUCUACCUGAGGCAGCCAUACUACGCCACGCGGGUGAACGCAGCUGACAUUGAGAACCGUGUUUUGGAGCUAAAUAAGAAGCAGGAGUCGGAGGACUCAGCCAAGGCCGGCUUUUGGGAGGAGUUUGAGAGCCUGCAGAAGCAGGAGGUGAAGAACUUGCAUCAGCGGCUGGAAGGGCAGCGGCCAGAGAACAAGAGCAAGAACCGUUAUAAGAACAUCCUUCCCUUUGACCACAGCCGGGUGAUCCUGCAGGGCCGCGACAGCAACAUCCCUGGAUCUGACUACAUCAAUGCCAACUACAUCAAGAAUCAGCUGCUAAGCCCCGAUGAGAACACUAAGACCUACAUCGCCAGCCAGGGCUGUCUGGAGGCCACGGUCAACGACUUCUGGCAAAUGGUGUGGCAGGAGAACAGCCAGGUCAUCGUCAUGACCACCCGGGAGGUGGAGAAGGGCCGGAACAAAUGCGUCCCUUACUGGCCGGAAGUGGGGACUCAGCGCGUUUAUGGACUCUACUCUGUGACCAACUGCAGGGAGCACGACACGGCCGAGUACAAGCUCCGCACCCUACAGGUCUCCCCGCUGGACAACGGGGACUUGGUUCGGGAAAUCUGGCACUACCAGUACCUGAGUUGGCCUGACCAUGGAGUCCCCAGCGAGCCUGGGGGUGUCCUCAGCUUCCUGGACCAGAUCAACCAGCGGCAGGAGAGCUUGCCCCACGCGGGGCCCAUCAUCGUGCACUGCAGCGCAGGCAUCGGCCGGACAGGCACCAUCAUUGUCAUUGACAUGCUCAUGGAAAGCAUCUCCACCAAGGGGCUGGACUGUGACAUCGACAUCCAGAAGACUAUCCAGAUGGUGCGGGCCCAGCGGUCAGGCAUGGUGCAGACCGAGGCACAGUACAAGUUCAUCUAUGUGGCCAUUGCUCAGUAUAUUGAAACCACCAAGAAGAAGCUGGAAGUCAUGCAGUCCCAGAAGGGCCAGGAGUCAGAGUAUGGGAACAUCACGUACCCUCCAGCUCUGAAGAAUGCCCAUGCCAAGGCUGUCCGCACAUCCUCCCGGCACAAGGAGGACGUGUAUGAGAACCUGCAGAGCAAGAACAAGAAGGAGGACAAAGUGAAGAAGCAGCGGUCAGCCGACAAGGAGAAGGGCAAGGGUUCCCUCAAGAGGAAGUGAGCUGGGCGCUGGCCAAGGAGGCUGUGGGAGGCCCGGCUGCUUCCACCAGCAUCCCCUGGAUGGCUACCAGCUGCUGGCGGACCCAGGAUCCCUCAUCCUCUUACUCCCUUAUCUGUGCAGCUUCUAGUGGGGGACUGACCCUAGCCGCCCAGUCUAGGAGCCCCCGUUGGGUUGUAAUGUAAAUGGCCACACCCCACAUCCCUCCCCGCACCCCAUCACUGUGUAUAUAGCCCAGCCACGCCCCAGGCAGAGCCAGCCCUUCUACUUCUGUAAAUAAAACCUUUUGGAUCACUGUG